AGAUUAGCUUUGACGUUCCAACACUGUCGCUAUGUAUUUAUUUUCCAGGCUCCAGGUGGUAUCGCAACCCCUCAAGUGUAUGCACAGCUUCUUUCCCUCUAUUUACUACACAAUGACAUGAACAAUGCGAGGUAUCUUUGGAAGCGGAUUCCACAAGCUAUUAAAUCGGCUAAUCCAGAGCUGACCGCUGUGUGGGCAGUGGGGCAGCGUAUUUGGCAGCGGGACUUCCCAGGAAUCUACACUUCCAUCGCUGCGUAUCAGUGGUCAGAGAACAUCCAACCAGUAAUGGAGGCUCUCAGAGAGAGCAGCCGUCAGAGGGCUUAUGGUCUGGUGGCCCAGGCAUACACCUCCAUUACAGCAGAGGACCUGGCAGCCUUCGUGGGUUACUCUGUGGAGGAAGCAGUGAAAGGAGUGGUGAGCCAGGGCUGGCAUGCUGACCCAGCCACCAGGAUGGUCAUGCCCCAGAAGCCAGAUCCUCCUCCUGUUUCUCUGGUUCCAAAUGAGCAGCAGCUGGCUAGACUCACUGACUACGUGGCUUUCCUUGAGAACUGAUAAAUUCCACUUGAGCCUGUCCUCUCGUCCCUGGCUUUACAAACACACACCAACACACACACACACACUGUAUAUAGACAUUAGCAGAUACACAGUUAUGUGUACACACACUUGCAUACACAAUCUCUCGAACAUACACAAUCACACAAACUGAUUCAUGGUUUGUAUGUCACAUGCAGUUUGCAUGUGAUGAUCAUACAUGUACACACAUGCUCAUAUACAUACACGCACACAGACUUAAACAUGGUCUAAACCCAGGACCUCCAUCUCUCGUGUGUGUAUGAUCCUGGACAUGCUUCUGCAGGCACCAUUUCCCAACAGACCUCCUGCUCUGUGCUCUUCUCCCUCUGACUGUCCAGCCAGAUCUCCUUCCCAGUCACCGAUACCUUACAAAUGAAAGAUCUAUGACAUUUGUGACAUUUUUGGAUUCAGUAACCGCCUGUUUUAUCCAAAGAGCUGCCAAUUGUUGCAGUGCAGCCUUCCUAAAGUUCAGUUAUCCUUUCAUUACUGAAAUAACUUCAAUUUUUCCCCAAUAUCUCCCAUGUGAUUAUUUAUAUUUGCAUCCACCAUCUAAACACCUGCAGCUCGUACCCAUUCCAGAUUGUUCCGGUAAACAGAUCUGUUGGCUCGCUUCACCCCGACGAGUUCAUAUUUGGACACGUCUGACUCCUCACACAGUAGACCUGACUGUGUGCACACAAGCCCUUCUGCCUGUGAGAGAGUAUCUCCCUGAAAACCUUGUAGUCUUUAGACCUCACAGUUACAUUACACUUCAUGUUGUAGAGUCGUUAAUAAACGUUUUGAUUUGU